AGUAGGCGUACAUUCAUCUCCUCUUUACUUUUGCAUUUAUAUCUUCAGUGAGACGAGAACAUUGAAAGUGCCAUCAUGUAUUUAGUGUUAGUAGUGUUUUGCCUAAGCUACAUCGAACAACCAUUAGCCAAAGAGGUUGACGGUUGUGCAAUAUGUGGAGAUUAUAAAUGUCCUGAAAACCCAGAAAGAUGUUUAUUGGGUUUUGUGAACGACGUUUGUGGCUGCUGCCCCGAUGGCGUCUGUGCAAAAAUUAGUGGCGAAGCUUGUUGGAAUUCGAGUAUAUCACAGUUACCAUUUGAAAGACGAAAUGAGGGCCUUUGCGCUGAGAAUUAUUCGUGUCAAUUGCGUUUAGAUCUUCAAGCCGAGGACACACCUGAAGCGAUUUGCGUCUGUAAAAAUCAAUCAUCAGCGUGUGGAACGAACAACGAGACGUAUGAGACGCCCUGCGCUCUUGAUGAAGAAAUAACGAGAUCCAGAAAUUCAGAUUUGAAACUCGAUCAUAUCGGACCGUGUCCAAGUCGACCUUGGAUUGAUUCAGCCACAAGAAAUAUUUCCGGUGUUUUUGGAACGAGAGUCGUUCUCAGUUGUGAAGCCGAAGGAUUUCCGGUGCCGGAGAUUUUUUGGGAAUUCCACUCGGAAGAUGGACUGACAGUUUUGAAAUUGCCAAAUGACGAUCACGAUGGAGUGGUAAAAACGAAAGACGGUCCAGAACCAAGAAUGCGAACAUCCUGGAUGCAAUUGCCUCAUUUAGAAAAAAGCCAUGUUGGAACGUACUACUGUAUAGCGACUAAUUCUGUCGGCGAAGCGAGUAUUUCUUCCUUUCUUUCUAUCAUCUAGUAAAUAAUAAUAAUAACGCCAAAAACGCCCGUGUAUUUCAAAUAAAUAAAUAAAUAAAUAUUUAGUUUUAAAUGACAAAUUAAUAUUUAUUUUUAAAUACUUACGUCUUAUAUAAAAGUUUUUUAUGUACUCUUAUAGACUAGAUAAUUAUAAUUUGAGAAAAUAAAUGUAAAACUCUCAGAUUAAAGUCAUUGUCUUAGUGUUUAAUUUUCUUACACGAAACUUUACCAUCCAUCGUCUGAAGGAGGUGGUCUGUAGAAAAAAAAAAUUAUUUUAAUAAUUUUAAUAAAUUAAUUAAUUAUUUUUAA